AUGGAACUCCCGAAAUUGUUGCUCGUUUUUGAAUACCUCCUCUUGUCAUCCACGCCAGGUGUUGUCAUGUGUCUUGCUCCCGGCUGCGGAUCGGGUCAAAUCCAUCCCGAUAAUCACAAGGAGAACCCAGUCAUGAAUUGCAACUUGUGCGGCUUCAAGACCUGUGCUCUUCACAAGCUUCCAUGGCACGAAGGAUUCUCUUGCGAGGAGUUCGACUGUGAUGAAUCCCAGAUUGAGCGUCUCGAGGCUGACGAAGCUACUGCUAAGCUACUCUCGAAAAAUUCCAAGGUCUGUCCAGCUUGCAACCAGGGUGUUACGAAGACAGAUGGUUGUGAUCACUUACAAUGCCGCUGCGGUCAAGAAUGGUGUUUCGUGUGCCUCGCAUCCUGGGAAAACAUCAUGCGCAUCGGCGAAACAGCCCAUGCCCGUCACUGCACCUACCACCCAGACAAAGUCAGUCUUCGCUCUGACCAGAUAGAAGCAAGCAUCCGCAAUAUGGCCGAACGCGUCCACGGGGGACCUGUCAGCGAGGCUCUGGCCAAUGCUCGAGUCGCACAUAAUGCGAAGCGUCGAGAGGGUAUGAGACCUUUGACUGCGGGGGCAGCAGAAAAAAGAGCUAGAGAAAUGAAGGAGGAAGCUGAUGCUAAGGCUAAGACGAAAGGAAGUUCUGGUGAAAUGCCUACGCCUCGUGCGGAGAAGCCGAAGUUGAUUGCACCUUGGAAGGAGAAGUGA